AAUGUCAUAUGACUUGUUUGUUUUUAUGCCGAUGUUUUUUCUAAUUAUCUAUUGAAAGUGAAUAUUUAUCAUGGAAAAAAAGAAAUGCAAACUAUUAGUGGCUGCUACUGGAAGCGUCGCAGCAUUAAAAUUGCCAUUUCUUGUGAAAGCUGCGCUGGAACAAGUUUCGGAUCACUACCCUAUGUUUGAGGUCCGGGUGAUUGUUACAGAACAUGCGAAACACUUUUUCGAUCCAACUCAAAUCCCUUCCAAAGUGUUGAUGUAUGACGACAAAUCGGAAUGGGAUGCUUGGAGGAAUAGAGGAGACCCAGUAUUGCACAUUGAGCUCGGAAAAUGGGCCGAUGUCAUGGUCAUCGCGCCUUUGGAUGCCAAUACUCUUGCUAAAAUGGCACAGGGUAUCUGUGACAACCUUCUAACUUGUACAACAAGAGCUUGGGAUUUGAAAAAGCCUCUAUUGUUCUGUCCUGCAAUGAACACCAGAAUGUGGGAGCACCCUAUAACAGCUCAACAGAUAGCAGCCUUGAAGAGUUGGGGCCACACUGAAAUCCCACCGAUCAGCAAAACUCUAAUGUGUGGGGACACCGGUGUAGGGGCCAUGGCUGAAGUCCCUGCCAUUAUUGAAGCCAUAAAAAACAAAAUGGAAUUAGAUGUCAUUGUUUUAUAAGUUGAUUUGUUUUUAGUACGACUUUGGUUUAUACUGUGAUAAUGUUUUUUCUACAAUGUAAAUAAUAUUUAAUAUAUUUUGUUAACCUUUGUGUUA